CUCAGACCUGAGGCUGGGUUGGUAGAAUCAACAGGUGAAGGGAAGAAGAGGUAGAACCGAAAGGUCGCCGCUUGGAAAGUUUAGCUGGCUACAUACAACUUAGGGAAAUUUGAAUUAUUUUGGAUGGAAUCCUGAGUGUGAACGAGGUGUGUGUUUGGAGCGAAAAGGAAAUAUGAACUUCUGGUGUUCGAAAGUACCUCCUCGUUGAUACUUUACCUUUUCAUUUUGACAAGGAAUUCAUAUAUUUUGGAAACAUGAGUCAUGACGGAUCAUCGUGUAAAUCUUACAUAAAACAUCCAACUGAAAAGGAGCGUCUGGAUAAUCUUGCUUUCACAUCGUUCCCGGAGGAUUACCUACCCUACACCUCCGCUUAUCACCAGCAGGGCGGUCGCGAGGGCAGCAAGGCGCCCCCUUACCUCGUGUGGGAGGAGCGCCGAAGUAGGCGGAGCCGGAAGCGGCGUCGAGGAUGUUGUAGCACAGCAGCACUUGUCUCUGCCGUUGCUCUCAUUGUUGCGGCCAUCUUGGCCGUUGUUGCCAUAUCCGUAUAUCUUGGAGUUGUUACCAAUCUUUUCCGCUCCCCAG